CCCAGGCCCCCUCCGACAUGGUCCGAGGCCGCGGGUGGCUGUUACCCGUCAGUCCGGAUGCCCAGAUACACUUGGAUACGAUUUUGGCCCGCGAGAAGAGAUUCGUCGACUCGGGGAGCCAGCCGCGUGGACAUGGCGGGCAACAACUCAACUCAACUCAACUCGGCCCUGAAAUUGGGUUGAGUUGGGCCUCCGGCCAGCCGAGUUGAUUGAGGCCAUUCACAAGUUGAGUUGAGUUGCCGAGUUGCAACUCAACGCCAGACCUUAUGCAAUACAGCAAAAAAUAUUAGUUAUCCAGACCUGAGCACCCUACUCUCCAGCCCCCUGAGCCAAACCAGAACCCCCUACCGCAGUCG